CCCUGGAUGCCUUCAGCACCCAACCAUGGGAGAAUGGACCAUUCUAGAGCGCCUCCUAGAGGCCGCUGUGCAGCAGCACUCUACAAUGAUCGGAAGGAUUCUGCUGACAGUGGUGGUGAUAUUUCGUAUCCUAAUCGUGGCCAUCGUUGGUGAGACGGUGUACGAGGACGAGCAGACCAUGUUCAUCUGCAACACCCUCCAACCAGGAUGCAACCAGGCCUGCUACGACAAGGCCUUCCCUAUCUCCCACAUCCGAUACUGGGUCUUCCAGAUUAUUCUUGUUUGCACACCCAGCCUGUGCUUCAUCACCUAUUCAGUGCAUCAGUCAGCCAAACAGCGAGACCGCCGCUACUCUUUCCUCUACCCAAUAACUGAGAGGGACUACAGCCGUGAGGGAGCCCGCAAACUGCGCAACAUCAAUGGCAUCUUGGUGCAGCACCCUGACAGUGGCGGAGGAAAAGACGAACCUGAUUGCUUAGAGGUGAAGGAGAUCCCAAAUGCACCAAGAGGCCUCCUCCAUGGCAAGAGCUCCAAGAUACGUCGACAAGAGGGCAUCUCUCGCUUCUACAUAAUCCAGGUAGUGUUCCGCAAUGCAUUGGAAAUAGGCUUCUUGGCAGGGCAGUACUUUCUAUAUGGCUUCAGUGUCCCAGGCAUCUUCGAGUGCGACCGCUACCCCUGCCUGAAGGAAGUGGAGUGCUACGUAUCACGGCCCACUGAGAAGACCGUCUUCCUGGUGUUUAUGUUCGCGGUGAGUGGUAUCUGCGUCAUUCUUAACCUCGCCGAGCUCAACCACCUGGGCUGGAGGAAAAUCAAGGCUGCCAUUCGAGGUGUGCAAGCCCGCAGGAAGUCCAUCUGUGAGAUCCGCAAAAAGGACAUGGCCCACCUGUCGCAGCCCCCAAACCUGGGCAGGACCCAGUCCAGUGAGUCUGCCUAUGUCUAAUGUCAAUUUAUCCAAAUAUGGCAUAGACAAGGAGUGGAGUGGAAUGGAGGGUGAAAUGCUAGAAUGACUUACCUGUGCAAAUGUUUAUAAUAAUUGAUGGGGAGGGGCUCUACAUAGGCCCAACUCUUUUCCACAAGCCAGUCCCUCCCUCUUUAUGCCAUAUGACAAUGUGUAAGGAAGUUUCCACAGUGUUGGUGUUUUGUAAGAGAAUGUGGAGUCGAGGCAGAGCAGAGGAAUUCUCUAACUCUGCUCUGGAAAGUCUCAAACGGAACGCAAGGAUUGGUGGAAGGGUGAGGAGCGGAAGGGACGACUCUGGAAGGGUGAUUUACAUCUAAUGCAGAACUUUAUGGAAAUGACAACAUCUGGGGUUGUUUUCCCUCUGUUCUUACUCUCAGAUCUUGAGGAAAGAGGAUAGCAUCACAAAAACCUCCAACUAUCCUGAAUCAUUGUCACUGAGUGGGUGCCAGAAGAAGAAUACUGUUUAGGUUUACUCUCCUGGCAGUGAAUCGUCUAAAGCAAACAAAAGGGGGGAUAUAAACAUUGUUAUAG